UGUACCAAGGGGACAACAGUGCCUGUUUUUUUUUUUUUUGCCAACUCCCAAUUGCCUACUUGACUCAUUAUUCUUGUUGAAAUAUACCCUUGCUGUCAUUUUUAAUUAUUACUCCCCUCCCUUCUCUUAUGUGAACCUCGUCCAAUUUAUCCAUCUGGAAUUGGAAUUUCGCUGCAUAUUUUUCACUAUUUUUUUAACCCCCCCACUAAGACAUUCCCUGCAUUUUGGACCUUGUGAGAGCAGCUUCGAUUCCUCUUCAUCUUGUUUUGUUUUCUGUGGUGGUGGCGGUGCUGACCAAGUAGCUGCAGGAUGGCUACUUUACCCGGAACAGUGCCUCGGAUGGUGCGCCCCACGCACGGACAGAACUACCCACGAACCGGCUUCCCCCUGGAAGUGUCCACCCCGCUGGGCCAGGGCCGGGUCAACCAGCUGGGCGGCGUGUUCAUCAACGGGAGGCCCCUGCCCAACCACAUCCGCCACAAGAUCGUGGAGAUGGCCCACCACGGCAUCCGGCCGUGCGUCAUCUCGCGACAACUGCGCGUCUCGCACGGCUGCGUGUCCAAGAUCCUCUGCCGCUACCAGGAGACCGGCUCCAUUCGCCCGGGGGCCAUCGGAGGCAGCAAGCCCAGGCAGGUGGCCACUCCCGACGUGGAGAAGAGGAUCGAGGAGUACAAGCGAGAGAACCCGGGCAUGUUCAGCUGGGAGAUCCGGGAUAAGCUGCUGAAGGACGGGGUGUGCGACAGAAGCACAGUUCCUUCAGGUGAGGCUUCAUCUGUGAGCUCCAUCAGCCGCGUUUUGAGGGCCCGAUUUGGCAAAAAAGAUGACGAGGAUGACUGUGAUAAGAAGGAUGAAGACGGAGAAAAGAAAACAAAGCAUAGCAUCGAUGGCAUCCUCGGUGAUAAAUGUAGCCGCACAGACGACGGCUCCGACGUGGAUUCCGAGCCCGACUUGCCGCUGAAGCGCAAGCAGAGGCGCAGUCGCACCACUUUCACCGCCGAGCAGCUGGAGGAGCUGGAGAAAGCCUUCGAGAGGACGCAUUACCCGGACAUCUACACCCGGGAGGAGCUGGCCCAGAGGACCAAACUGACAGAGGCCAGGGUGCAGGUGUGGUUCAGCAACAGACGGGCCAGAUGGCGUAAACAGGCUGGAGCCAAUCAGCUCGCCGCCUUCAACCACCUGCUUCCCGGCGGAUUCCCACCCACUGGCAUGCCCACUUUACCCACGUACCAACUCCCGGAGUCAAGCUACCCUGGCACCACACUAUCGCAGGAGGGCAGUACCUUGCACAGACCUCAGCCCUUGCCCCCGUCCUCCAUGCACCAGGGCGGCCUGAGUGACAGCAGCUCUGCGUACGGCCUGUCGUCCAACCGCCACAGCUUCUCCAGCUACUCCGACUCCUUCAUGAGCCCGUCGGCUUCCGGCAACCAUAUGAACGCAGUCGGCAACGGGCUCUCCCCGCAGGUGAUGAGCAUCCUGAGCAAUGGCAGCGCGGUGGCCUCGCAGCCGCAGCACGACUUCUCCAUCUCGCCGCUGCACGGCGGCCUGGACGCCUCCAACCCCAUCUCGGCCAGCUGCAGCCUGCGCUCGGACUCCAUCAAGGGCGUGGACAGCCUGGCGUCCUCGCAGUCCUACUGCCCACCCACCUACAGCGCCACAAGCUACAGCGUGGACCCCGUCGCCGCCGGCUACCAGUACAGCCAGUACGGCCAGACUGCCGUGGACUACCUCGCUAAGAACGUGAGUUUGUCCACCCAGAGGAGGAUGAAGUUGGGCGACCACUCGGCCGUGCUGGGACUGCUGCAGGUAGAGACGGGUCAGGCCUACUGAAGCUGCACGCGGGCGGCCACACCUCCGUGUUCCGUCUGCCGCGGACCCCGAGCACCACGCGCUGGUGGACCAAACACUUUGGAGCCACUUUGACUUUGAUGUUGAUAGUAGUUAACAAUAUCAUUUCAACUACUUUCUCUCUUUUUUUCAUAUUGUUAAUAUUAUUGUUGCUGUAUGAUUGUUGUUAAUAUGUUGUUGUUUGAUUCCAUGAGGAGGAGGAUUGUUUUUUUUUUUCUUUUCUUUUUUUUUUUUUUAUUAUAUUUUUUUUUUUUUCCUCCCAAGCUGCUCUUCUCCCAGAGCUCAAUUUUUUUAUUUUUGUGUGUGUGGGGGUGCGGAGAAGCAAUUUGACCUUCCCGCUUUCAAUCCAUCUUGACAUUCCAAAAGCACUUGGCCACUCUGUGGGAAGUCUGGCUGGAGGGAAUCUGGAGGGAAUUUUAAGCAGUGUUUUGGCGGCCAAUAGAACCCCCCAAAACCCACGCCCCCCCCUAACCUCCAUCCCAUCCUUAGCCGCAGUCCAUUGGGAAGGGGGGCUUUGUUUGGGGAAAAACGGAUUGGGGAAAUUAAUGUAUUUUGUUUGGAAAUAUGGAAGCCAGACUACAUUAGGCUAAAUCCCGUCUGCCACUGUGCAAAGCAGAUUAAAUCACACAAAUAUUUAAAAAUUUCGCACCUUCACUUGGCCCCACACAAAACAAGCAUUCCUUCCAAAACAUUCCCCCCCCAAAAAAACAAAAAAAACACUCUAUUAAAAAGCAUUCCACCACUUUACUAUGAAAAAGUACACAAGGGAAACGAUAUCAUAUUAGGACAACAAUUUACAAAAAUAGUCGUCAUUUUACAAGUCAAAAGAUUUGAUUUCCGAGAAUAAAAGACAGAAGUCAUAGUUUUACAAAAGUUAUGACAGAAAAAAGUUACAUUUUAGAAUAAGUCAGGUGGAUUAUUACGGGGAAAAUAGAUUUAAUCUCACAAAAUUUCACUUAUAAUUUUAUGAGAAUUAAGUUUUAAAAAAAUAAAAUUGUAAUUUUAUGAGAAAACACUGCGAUUGAUGAGAAUAAAGUUGUGGUACUUUGAAAAAAGACAACGUUUUUGCAAAAAUUAAGUUGUAAUUGCAUUAAAAAAUAUAACAUGAAUUAAGAAACCUACAUUUACAGACAAAUAAAAUCACAAUUUACAAGUUAUAAUUUAAGAAAACAUUCUGAUUUAAUCACUGCAAUUUUUUUCUUGUAAAACUCAGAAUUAAUUCUCCAUAUAUUAUUAUAUUUUUAUUAUUGCUAUUUGUUUGUUCUCACAAAAUUACAGUUGACUCAAGUAAAAUUGUUACCAGAAAAUUUAUAAUUUACAAGAAUUGUUAGAAUAUUACAAGAAAAAUGUCUAAUACUUAUGAGAAUAGUCAUAAUUAUGUAAAAAUGAAAUUUCAACAUGGGUAAAAAAUAUAUAAAUUUACAAGAAUCGAAAAAAUACAUUUAGGAGAAAAAUAUUUUAUUUUCUUGAAUUAUGACUUUUUUGUCUGUAAACUUCAGAACUUAUUCCAUACAACUUGAUCCUCAUUAAAGAAAACAACUUUACAAGAAUGAAGUUAUUAGAAAAAAUAUCAUAUUACAAAAGUAAACAAAAUUUUGAAAAAUGAGCUCUUGAUUUAUGAUUUUUUUUUUAUUUUUAGUGCACAAGAAUAAAGUUUGAAUAAAGGAAGAAAUAUGAAAAUAAACAUUUAAUGAGAAAAAAGUUGGAAUAUUACAAGAAAAAAGAUAUAAUUUUACAAACGUAAAAUUGCAACAUUUUUAGAAAGAAUUGGAAUAUUACAAAAAAAAUUAUGUCCUUUCACAAAAGAAAAAGUCAACAUUUUUUGGGGAAAAAAAUCCAUAGUACAAGCUCUUAGAAUGAAAACUCUGCCCAUUUUAUCGUUGAAUGUUCAUACUUAAAGAUGUACAAAUAAUCAAGAAAAGUAUUCAUCUGACAUGAUCAGGACCACCUGUUUCCCCUCAUGUCAUUUUCUUUCUUUUUUUGGGGUUCAACCUUUCAAAUGUGUACAGUCUCUGUUUGUUUCUAAAGAGUAUGUUUUAUACUAAAACAAAACUUUACCUUCCACCAUGACCGUCUGUUGGCUUUCUGUUGGUUUUGUUGGACUUUGUAUUUAAUUGCGUUUGAAUCCCGCUUAGGGAUGGAGAAUGUGCAAACACUUUGGAAUGACUUCCCGUGGAGAUGAGGUCCAAAUGACAGGACCAAAAAGUGUUCUGUAUGGACCCCGACGGGAACGCUCGGAUCGGACGGAUCUUUUAACGUGCGGUCCAGACAGGACUGGACCAUUUUCAUGUUUACACGCGCUUCCACUCAACAACUAAAACAACAACAACAACACAAACCCUGUGUGGCGUUGGAUUCGUGCACACUGAAUCACCUGCUUCUCCUGUGAACUUGUGAAUACUUUGAAGAAAAAGAAAAAUGACAAGAAAAAAAUGAAUUAGCGUCAUCUUUAGUGUAUCAAACUCAUUUGUAACUCUCAAUAAACAUUUGGAUAUUGAAAGCGUCUUACCCCCCCACCCGAUGAGCUGAAUUAACCUAUUUAGUUGCUUUUUGAGUUCCUCCUCUUUCUGUUCGGCAUGUGUGUGUGUGUGUGUGUAUAUAUUAUCAUGGUAUAAUUUAUUCUACUCUAUGAAUAUUAGACUAGUGGGAAAACUUGUAUUGGUAUUUACUACCUUCAGCCUGUGGGUGUGUUUACUGUAACACUGGCGUAACUGUUAUCAAAUAAAGAUCCCAAUUCAAAUCAAA